AUGACCGAUGCCAUGACCAAGAAUAUGGUUCUGUCACCAAGUGGUAUCUCUCAUACCUUCGAUGCUGACGCAGAUGGCUAUGGACGUGGUGAAGGGAUCAACUGUAUAUAUCUCAAACCAUUGCGGGAUGCGCUUCGUGACAAUGAUCCUAUCCGCGCCGUCAUCCGCUCCACAGUGACCAACCAUGACGGCAAGACCCCUAACUUUUCUCAACCAUGUCCUAUAUCUCAAGAGAAGUUGAUCCGGCACGCCUAUGAGGUUGCGAGUAUCGAUGCAAUCCACGAAACACCUGUUUUUGAGUGCCAUGGGACUGGAACAGCCGUUGGGGAUGUCAUCGAAGCAUCGGUUGUUGCAAAGAUGACCGAAGGAGAAGAAACAUAUAUCACUGCGGUCAAACCAAAUGUCGGUCACUCUGAAGGUGCCUCAGGCAUCACAAGCAUCAUCAAGUCCAUUUUAUCAUUGGAGCACAAGACUAUCGCACCCAAUAUCCAUUUCAAAACGCCAAAUCCUCAAAUUCCAUUCAGCGAGGCAAAUCUCCAUGUCCCCUUAGAACCGAUUCCGUGGCCUACCGGCAGGCCCGAAAGGAUCAGCGUGAAUUCGUUUGGUAUCGGAGGGUCCAAUGCCCACGCUAUUCUAGAGUCCACCUCUUCAAUAUCUCUAAAAUCUCGAAACGCAUCACCUGAAACUUCCAAUUCACAGCUCUUGGUCCUGUCUGCGCACAAUGUAGAUACUCUUCGCAGGCGCAUUGGCCAAAUCACCGACUAUGUAAAGAAUCACACAGUGCGCUUGCGUGAUCUUUCUUACACCUUGAGUGCGAGAAGAUUGCAUCUCUCCCACCGGGCUUUCGCCGUGGUGCAGUCAGGUAACCCCAUUUUAGAUGAUGCGGCAUUUUCGACAUUCAAUACCAGCACCCCAAAUGUCAUCUUUGUGUUCACAGGCCAGGGGGCUCAAUGGCCCGGAAUGGGGCUAAGGCUUUUGUCUAGCUUUCCAACAUUCAAGGAGGAUAUCAAAAGGAUGGAUGAAGCACUGCAACAGUUACCUAACGCCCCAAAUUGGUUAUUAUAUGAUGAACUAAGCCAACAGAGUUCAAUCUCACGGAUCCACGAAGCUGAGUUCUCUCAGCCUCUCUGUGUUGCGCUUCAAAUUGGCCUGGUAAACAUUCUUCGGGGCUGGGGAAUCGAACCAUCCACAGUUAUAGGGCAUUCCAGCGGAGAAAUUGUCGCUGCGUACGCUGCCCGAGCCGUUUCAAUGAGAACUGCUAUCGUUAUAGCUUAUUAUCGAGGAAAAGUCGCAAAGCCACUGGAAGGUUUGGGUGCUAUGGUGGCCGUCGGCCUUUCCCCGGAUGAAGUGGUACCGUACUUGACACCUGGGGUGGUUGUCGCCUGCCGCAAUAGCCCGAAUAGUGUCACCCUAUCAGGGGAUAACGACUCGGUUGACCAAGUGAUCAAAAGCAUCAAGACGGCAAAUUCAGAUACACUAUGUCGGCGACUUACGGUUAAAAUUGCUUAUCAUUCCGCCCACAUGAAACAGAUUGGCUCCGAGUAUGAAGAUUGUAUCUCUAGGCAUAUUGAGCAUGAGCAGGAAAUGCUUCCUUUCUGUUCUAGUGUGACUGGCGACACGAUCACCGACCCUCGCAAACUAGAUGCAUCAUACUGGCGACAGAAUCUAGAAUCGCCCGUACUGUUCACCGAGGCCAUCCAGAGUCUACCUACAAGUGGAACCCCAGUCUUCCUAGAAGUUGGGCCACAUUCGGCUCUCGCCGCCCCUCUACGGCAAAUCUUCCGGACUCUACCUGGGCGGUCACCAGUCUAUAUCCCCACCUUAUUCAGGUAUGACGAGGAUAUUCAAAGCCAGCUGCUUCGAACAGUGGGACAGGCUUAUGCUAGUGGCAUCGGAGUCAAUCUGUCAAGUAUAAUCGACUCGGGAAAGACUUUGACAGACCUUCCCCCAUAUCCUUGGCAACAUGAUCGUCCUUACUGGAGUGAGAGUCGACUUAGCAGGGAGUGGAGGCAGCGCAAGUUCCCACAUCAUGAAAUCCUAGGCUCGCGGGUCGUCGAGACGAACAAUCAUGAGCCCUCUUGGCGCAAUUUGAUCACGUUGGACAAUGUGCCCUGGCUCUUGGAUCAUGUAAUUCAAGGAGCCAUUACAUUCCCUGGGGCUGGAUUUGUCGCUAUAGCAGGCGAGGCAGUCCAGCAGCUGAAUCCCGAUCACGAUAGUUAUUCAGUGCGUAAUACGACAUUCAUAACACCACUGCUAUUUCACGAGGGAGAGCGGAUCGAAAUGGUCACUAGUCUCAGUCCAAUUGAGGUAGCUGACAGAGUCCCAUCCGGUUGGUACAGUUUCAAAAUCAUGGUCCAUGACGGAGAACAAUGGACAUUGCAUUGCCAAGGUCAAGUAAGAGCUGGGUCCGAUCAUGCCCCAGAGCCAUUCCCAAUCUCUUCCUACAAGCGAUCUGUGCCAUCUGAGAGUUUAUACCGUGUCCUACAAAGGAGCGGAAUAGAUUACGGUCCUCAGUUCCAAGGCCUAGAGCAGAUCACAGCAGAUCCCACCGGGCCGAGAGCAACUGCGACUGUUCUAGGUAACCGUGGGCUGCCUGGGAGCAGAUAUGCGCUGCAUCCCACGGCAAUUGACCAAUGUCUCCAACUUAUGGGUGUGGCCUGUUCCCAGGGCUUGUUGCGACAUCUCACAACGAUUUACGUUCCGGCUAUGAUAGAUUACUUGUUCGUUGGACCUGGAGGUCCACCUAUGCCAGCAAGCGCCCGAACCAAGAGCGGCACAAGAGAUGGUCAGCUGGGCGAUGCCAUUGCAAUGCUUGGUGAUCGAGUAGCGCUCUCCAUUCAAGGAGCCUACCUGUUCGCGUUGGAAAAUGAUAAUACAGAUUCCGGAACUGGACUCGCGGGCUCGGUAAGCCAUCUUGAGUGGAAAUCGGGCAUUGAUUUCUUGCCCUCAGCAGCACUUCUGUCCACACCACAAGAUUAUACCUCGCAGGCCAUGAAUAUCAAAGCCGUGGGCCAGCUAUCCGUUCUUUUUGUUCUGGAGACGGCGAACCAAAUUCGAGAUGUCGAGCCAACCUCAUCACAUUCCGCAAAAUGGAAGAAAUUUAUCCUGGACACAACUUUCAAUAUAAAAACAAGUGGACAACAGUCUAUUUACCCAGAGUCGCCUCAGUGGGCAUUGCUAAGUUCUGCAGAGAGACAGGAAAUGAUACGGAACGUGUCAGCGGAGACCAAAUUUACCUUCGAUGGUCCACUUGUGGAUUGUCUACAGGCCGUCUUCGAUAGCUGCACGGCAUUCAUUUCUGGAGAAAGCAGCCCAUUGGAGGUCCUCAUGAAGGACAACCUAUUGCACCAUUUCCAUGCUGCGCAUACACAAUAUGCGGAUUGGAACCCGUUUCUCCCGCUGCUUUGCCAUUCCAACCCGGUCCUACGAAUACUUGAGAUCGGUGCAGGUACCGGCUCUGCAACCGCCAUGGCUCUAGAGCUUCUCAAAUCCACCAGUGGGGAGCCGGCAACAGAGCGAUUCGGUAAUGAGCAGGGCAUGGAAUACAAAGUUCUUGAUAUUACCCUAGACCCCCUUGAACAAGGGUUUGACGGUCAUAGCUUUGACUUGAUCAUUGCUUCCAAUGUUCUCCACGCUACACCCAGUCUUCACACCGCGCUCUGUCAUGUACAUCGUCUCCUGAAGCCCACCGGUUACUUUUUACUUCAUGAGAUUAGCCCAGAAAUCUUAAUGCCAAAUUUCACCAUGGGCGUAUUUCCCGGCUGGUGGCUGGGAGAGGAUGAUGGCCGACCAGACCAGCCGCACAUUUCACCCGAGAGAUGGGAUCGGGAGUUACGAGCUGCAGGAUUCACUGGAACAGAUGUAACGGCAUAUGAUCAAAAGCCGCCGUAUCAUAUAUCCGCCAGCAUGCUGUCACGACCGGUGGACAAGAUCUCCAUUCCUAACGAUAUCUGGCUGUUAACAAGCAGUUCUACUCGGUGUCAGUGGGCAAGUGAUAUUGAAUCCCUGUUCUGCGGCCAAGGCUGCACCACCAACUGGGCUACUCUGCACGAAACACCGCCCAAAGGGAAAUUCAUCAUAUCUCUGCUGGAUCUUGAAGGAGUCCCAAUAGGUUGCCUGCCGAAGCAUGACUAUGAGGUAUUCCAACGCUACCUAGAGCAGGUGCAAGAAUGCCAAAUAUUGUGGGUCACGCAGUCAACCUCUCACACAUGCUCGGAUCCAAUGUUUGGCUUUGUCCAUGGGCUUGCUCGCACUUUACGGGCGGAGCUGAUGCUUGAUCUCUCAAUUCUGGAGGUUCCCGCAUGGGACGAGGCGGGGGCAAAGGCCGUAAUCCAGGUUUGGGAGAAGAUCCAAAGAUCCCGAGCCCACUCCCUUCCUGAACCAGAGUAUGAAUUUGCAUUACAUGAAGGCCAGAUUAAGGUCGGGCGGUACCAUUGGACUCCUCUCGUCGAGCAACUCGCAAGCCCAUCUCGUUCAGAUGCGUCCCGAAAGUUAACUCUCACGACAUACGGGUUAUUAGAUACGCUACACUGGGCUGAGAAAGAGGCGUCCUAUGAGUUAAAUGAGGGAGAGGUUGAAGUUGAGAUGGACUACGCAGGACUGAACUUUAAGGACAUGAUGGUUGCAAUGGGAUUCUUUGGAAAUAAAGAAGACCUUGGGCUCGAAGGCAGCGGGAUUGUGCUUCAAGUUGGACCCAGUGUGACAGACAUGGCGGUGGGAGACCGUGUCAUCUUGAUGCAUUCUGGGGUUCUGGCCUCCAACGUUGUAGUGCCUCAAGAAGCUUGUAUAAAGCUACCACAAGGGUUGUCAAUGGCAGAUGCUGCCACGAUGUUAACAGCCUAUGUCACUGUUCUCUACUCACUUCUUGAGAUUGGUGCUUUGAAGAAGGGCCAGUCCGUUCUCAUUCACUCCGCAUGUGGCGGGGUCGGACUAGCUGCUCUUCAAGUAUGCCAGGCUGUGGGAACCGAGAUCUAUGCCACAGUCGGUAACGAUAAGAAAGUAGCCCAUUUGAUGGAGCAUUUCGGUUUACCUCGAGAACGGAUCUUCAACUCUCGCAACACCUCCUUCCAACCAGACCUGAUGCGUGCUACCGCUGGAAGGGGGGUCGAUUUGGUGCUCAAUUCGCUGUCGGGUAACUUACUACAUGCGUCAUGGGAGUGCGUUGCGAAGUUCGGACGGAUGGUUGAACUGGGAAAACGGGACUUCAUAAGCCAUGGCAUGCUCAAUAUGAGCCUUUUCGAUGGGAACCGAGCGUUUUUCGGCGUUGACCUCGCUCAGGUUUGCAAGGAGACCCCGGGGAUUCUCAAAAGCACUCUGGCAACAUUUUCAGACUGGUAUCGCCAAGGGAAAAUCGGACCUAUCCAUCCUGUCAAAGUCUUUGACGCAAUCGAUAUUGUCAGUGCAUUUAGGUAUAUGCAGGCCGGCACUCACCUAGGUAAGAUUUUGGUUCGUAUGCCAUCCUCCGUGGAAAGCUUGGCUCCUCCUGUUGUGAAAGCAUUCCCCACAUUCCGAUCCGACGCUGCGUAUUUGCUCAUUGGCGGGCUCGGUGGUAUUGGGCGAUCCGUGUCAACGUGGAUGGUCGAGCAGAAUUCACGAGAGCUCAUCCUCCUCUCGCGGUCAGCUGGGAAGUCCGAGGAGGAUCAAGCAUUUAUUCGGGAACUUGAGGCACAAGGUUGCCAAGUUAUCUGUGUGGCAGGCAAUGUGAGGAAUCUCCUGGAUGUAAAGGAGGCUGUUGCCGCAUGCAAGCGGCCCCUCGCUGGUGUUCUCCAGAUGGCAGUUGACUUGAAUGACCGGCUCUUCCUGCAGAUGAGCCACGAGGAGUGGGAGGCCGCACUAGCACCGAAAGUCGCCGGAACCUGGAACCUGCAUCAUGCUACAUUGCAACACUCGCUCGAUUUCUUCGUUGUGUUUGGCUCAAUUUGCGGCGUAUGUGGUAACAGUGGCCAGGCCAAUUAUGCCGCAGCAAAUACAUUUUUGGAAGCAUUCACCAGGUAUCGACGACAGCAGGGACUUCCAUCUUCUAUCUUGCACCUCGGAGUGGUUGGAGACGUGGGUGCCGCAAGUCGCAACUCCCGAUUCGUCCAGAGAGUGCAAUCAAUUGCAUUGCAUUUGCUCCAUGAAGCCGAAGUGAUUGAUGGACUGGCUGCAGCGAUCAAAAUAUCCCCAGCUAGUUAUAAUGCAACCGGGGCAAUUGCAAUCGGACUCGCGCACACGAGGCGCCGCGCGGAUCUCCCCAAGGAAAUUUUCCUCGGUGGACGCGACGCUCGAUUCUCGAUUUAUCCAAACCUUGAGUCUACCAGUGCUAACAUUGGCGGGGAUCAAUCUCAGGCAAAUGCGCUAAAGGCUCUCCUUGCGCAGAUACAGGCAGAUCCCUCCCUAACAAGCCAAAAGGAGACUGAGGUUGCAUUGAUGAAGGAACUGGGCAGGUUUAUCAACCACAAUCUCACGGGGCAGGAUCAGGAGCAGGGACAAGAUUCUGCAGACGAUAUUGAGGCACUGGCCGGUAUUGCAGUGGACUCUCUCAUGGCCAUAGAGGUUAGGAAUUGGCUACGGAGGUCUCUGGGUGUGGAGAUACCUACGGUGGAAAUCAACCGAGCAGGUACAUUAGGAGGUUUGGUGAAGGUUGUUUUGAAGGGACUUGGGGAGAAAUACGAUCAGCGUGCUACCUAA